ACGCAGAGAUCAUCUUCAAGAAGGAGGUCCCUGCUGCAUCUUCUGCUCUGCCUCCUCAUCCCUGGAUCCUGCUUCAAGGUUACAUUUGCAGAAGAAGAAACAUAAAAGGCAUCUUCAAUGUUUCAGUUACCCAUCCUGAACUUCAGCCCCCAGCAGGUAGCUGGGGUAUGUGAGACGUUGGAGGAGAGUGGGGACAUUGAAAGACUUGGUCGCUUCCUUUGGUCUUUGCCAGUGGCUCCUGCAGCAUGUGAGGCCCUCAACAAGAAUGAAUCUGUCCUCAGAGCCAGGGCCAUUGUUGCUUUCCACACUGGGAACUUCAGAGAACUCUACCAUAUCUUGGAAAACCACAAAUUCACCAAGGAAUCCCACACCAAGCUUCAGGCUCUGUGGCUGGAAGCCCAUUACCAGGAAGCAGAGAAGCUCAGAGGGAGACCCCUAGGACCAGUAGACAAAUACAGAGUCAGGAAGAAGUUUCCACUGCCCAGAACAAUUUGGGAUGGAGAACAGAAGACGCACUGCUUUAAAGAAAGAACAAGGCAUUUGCUUAGGGAAUGGUACCUACAAGACCCUUACCCAAACCCCAGCAAAAAAAGAGAAUUAGCCCAGGCCACAGGACUUACCCCAACACAAGUAGGGAAUUGGUUCAAAAACAGAAGGCAGAGAGACAGAGCAGCAGCUGCCAAGAACAGGCUGCAGCAGCAAGUUUUGUCACAGGGAUCUGGACGUUCACUGGGCUCAGAUGAGAGGGGUGAAGCCUUAGGCUCAGUCUCAAGUCCUGCAGCCAGCCUGUCCAGCAAAGCAGCCACCUCUGCCAUCUCCAUAACCUCCAGUGACAGUGAAUGUGACAUCUGACUGAUCCUAAACUCAGCAGAAAGACCAGGAUACAGGACUCUGACUACUGAGCCUGAAUAAAAAGGGGGUUUCAAUAUCAGCUCAGAACUGGCUGCCAUCACCACCAGGCACCAUGUCACUUUCUUUCUCCAAGUCCCACUUAGAAGACUGUAACAUGUGUCACCUUUAUUUUGGGGACACUCUCUUAAGGUGCCUCAAAUGCCAAGUUACCAAGUGUCUGAGCCCUAAACUUUUUGUGGGUAUUUCAUGUUGAAAGAAAAAAAAAAAAGGAGAGACACUGUUCUAAUAAUAUUUUUUUUUCUUUACUUUAAAAUGUGUUUUAUAUAUUAUAUGAUGACUUAUUUAAGGGAUUGUCAAUGCUAGACCUGUCUGCUUGUCUGUAUGUGCGCAGGUAACUUUGUAGACGCAUGUGCGCCAGAUUUAUGAAUCCAAAAAAAAGAAGGUACUGAAAUAAAAACCUGUGGUGAGCAUCAUUUCCUACGAAAUUAAA